AUGCCUCAAAAUUGCUCUGUUCCAUACUGUACUAAGAAAGUGUAUGAGGAAAAUGGCGUGAAAACUUCUUUUCAUAAGUUUCCAGACGACGAAGGUGUGUUCCAGCAAUGUUGCAAUUCGACGAGAUAUCGGGGUAAAUUUUCAAGUGACAUAAAACUCGCGAGUUUGCUCUCGCCAUUUUAAGCCACCAGAUUACAUCUGUUUGCUUACAGGUCGCAAGAAAACAUUUAAAUCUUCUGCUGUCCCAUCCGUAUUUCCUUGGACGAAAGGUUCGCCAGCAAAAAAAAGAGCACCAAAGCAUAUAAGUCUGAUCAAGAAAAAAAGCCCGAAGAAAACCUCCGAAACGACAACGAUAAGCGACAGCAGCAAUUCCACGUGUGUGUCAUCUCCUGUAGAUUCUCGGGAAAAUCAGGAGUCUCCCGAUCUUGAGAAUUUGGAUAAUUCUUCUGCUGAAGAGCUGCUCGACGAUCGCGAAGAAAAACUUCGUAAUUCGGCUACUGAAAAGGCUAACCUAGAAGGGAAAAUCCCCAGGGGCCCCACUCACAUAUUUUAAUGACGGGGGGGUCCGACAGAGGUUCAUAUUUUAUACCCCAAAAAAUCCCAACUUCAGAAUUUGUCCAACCCAAAAAAAUCCGUACUUUUUUAGCAUACCCCAAAAAAAUCCCUCAGUGUUUUUGCAUCAGCAAAUUUUAUUAUUUAUCUUCUGGAAAGCUAAAACAUGCCAACUUCAACUUUGUGAAAGGCCUUGAAUUACGUGACCUAUUGAAUAUUUCUCUUUGGAUUAGAUGCGCGUGGAGUGCCGGUAAUUACUUUUCACAUAGAUUACAAUCUCAGAAAUAAAAAAAAAAAAGCACUUUAUUUGGGUGUCAAUGUAUUUAGCACGAAAGUACUAAUUGGGGACACUAUAUUUUACGUCUCCAACUGGAGACGGGACCGCCAUUUUACGUGGUCAUACGAGCCACGCGAAGGUCUAGCCUGUUGCAGUGCAAAGGGAGUACCUUCAUUUCUCGGUUAUUUUAAGACCCUAAGUAUUGGUCCGGCCCCAGGAAUCGAACCCGCGACCUCCCGCUCUGCAGUCCACACGCUCUACCGACUGAGCUAACACUGCCGCGGUUAAAAAAUAUCCCGUAAUACCACACAAGCAGUAAAUUGCGCUUAUGUUAUUGUUGAUUUGAGCUGAUGAAAAAUACAAUACCCCAAAAAAUCCCUGUGUUGUUUUCGCGACCCAAAAAAAUCCCGGCGUCUUUCAUAGACCCCCAAAAAAUCCCUUUUGGCCAAAAUGUCAGACCCAAAAAAAUUAUUCGGACCCCCCCGUCAUUAAAAUAUGUGAGUGGGGCCCCUGGGGAAAAAUCAAACAACUCACGAUGGAAAUAGAACAGCUAUCUGCUAAGAACAAUUCGUUUCAAGCAAAGGUAUUUAGCUUAGACAGAUUUAUCACGUCAGACAAAGAUUUGUUCUACUUUACCGGAUUUCCCAAUGCUAGCGUUUUGGAAAGUAUUCUUCGGUACUUAAAUCCUGGGAAAGCAAGGUGAGAACAUAAACUAUUGGCAUUCAUCCACAGAUGAUAUGACAAAGUGACAAGGAUGCCCCUAAACAAGGAAGGCCAAGGCAACUGAGCCCAAGGGAGGAAUUUUUUUUAACUCUGUGCCGUCUAAGACAGGGCUUUAAAGAGGAGCAUUCGAGUCAUUUGUAUGGUAUUUAAGCAACUGUCAGUCGAAUUGUAAUUUCUUGGAUUAAUUUUAUGUUUCUAAAGUUCAGCACCAUCCCUAUAUGGCCCUCCAAGGAAAAAGUUGAAGAGCACAUGCCUGCUGACUUUAAGAGAAAUACCCUUCUACCAGGGUCAUAAUUUACUGUACUGAAAUCCGCUGCCAAAUGCCCAAGAGUCAACAGUGAGCUUUUAGCUCAUACAAAAAUCACACUACUCUGAAGGGUCUGGUUGUCAUCUCACCUGGAGGUCAUCAGUCAACUAUACACAGGCCAUAUUUCAGAUAGAGAAAUUGUUAUGCGUUCAGGAUUUCUAAAUUUAUCUUUUGCAAGAGGAGACUCCGUAAUGGCAGAUAAAGGGUCUACUCUGCAGGAUCUUCUUCCCCUUGGUGUCUUCCUUAACAUCCCUCCUUUCCUUGGAAGCAAA